GAGCUCCAACCUCAGGCCCCCGAGGGAGGGGAAGUGGCAGGGCCGGAGGACGACCCGGGACAGAAGAUCGGACUCCCAUCCCAAAGAGAGACGCGGUCCCUUCCCAUCCUUUCCACCCCGGCCUGCUCGGUGGCCUGUUCGAUCCUGACAGCUGGCCCGGCUCUAGGGAAAUAGGCUGCGCGACCACUUUCCGCCCUCGCCAACCACCACUGUCUCAGCAAGGGGAGCUUUUAAACCUCCUGACAAGGAAGAACCAGGGAGAAGCGACAUGGAGGGAGCCAGUGGAGGGGUCACCCCAGCUGAAGUUGCGCUGCCCAAGCACAUCUUGGACGUGUGGGUCAUCGUCCUCAUCAUUCUGGCCACCAUCCUGGUUAUGACCUCCCUGGUGCUCUGCCCAGCCACCGCCGUCAUCAUCUACCGCGUGCGGACUCACCCCAUGCGCAACGGAGUCGUUUGAGCCAAGAGACGGGGAGGGGGCCGAGAGGAUGGCAGGCUGGAGAGUGUACCCCGCUGGGGUGGCAGCCGCUACAACACCAGGCGGACUUCAAUGGGCACAAAUGGUUUCACCGUGGGGUCAGGUAAAAAUGGGGCAGAACAACUCCAAGACCUGGACUCUCUGGCCGCCAGGGCCGGCAGGGAAGGGGUCUCUCUUGUCACGGCCCAGACACGGAUUGCUCACUCCAAAGCCCGGCACAGAGGCUGGCCACUUGGCCUUCUCAGGAGCCACUGGGUUCCUUCGACUUGCACGUUCAUCCAGAAGGGCAUUAUGAUUGGAGGCAGGAGGAGUGGUCCAAGGGAUUUUCGAGGCCCGUUUGCUCUGCCGGAUUGAGAAGUGAAGGAUGCUUCCCCCAGGAGACAGGGAAGGCUGCCGGACUGGGGAUCCUGCAGAAUCCUGGUCAUCCUGGUCAGCUUUAGCCCUGGUCCCAGGCGCCUUCCAGACUGGGCUCACAGGGCAGGGACAGACCUCGCUCUGGGGGUGCCGCGUUCCCCUUUGACCUUGUCGAUCUGACAACGUGUAGGCUUAUGUCUUUAUGCCUACUGGAUAAUCUUAAUCUGCCACACUCCCCACAUGACCCACAGGGUCAGCUCCUGCAGGCGGUAAGCACUUCCAUUCUCUAAGGCCAACCAAGGGGUAAACUGGCUCCAUUCUUCCCAAAGGGACCCCCAACAGAAGAGAGGAGAAGGGCCGAUCCCAACAGACUGGCCAGGCUUCCCACAGGCCACCUGUGUUCAUUAAAUGGCUUCCAAAAGCGGUGUUCAGUUUCUCAGUGACUGGGUUCCUCGGCUCUCAUUUUCCACUGUCGCCUCAGCAUCACUCAUCCCCUUCCGCUUCUGGGAGACCGACUGCCGAUCCCUAGAGAAGUGAUCUUUGUGUCUCAGUAUCCACCAGGUUGAAUGGGAAGAACUGGGACCCCCACACUCCCUUUCCCCCAACAAUAGAGGGGAAGUUACACACUGAAGAACUGGGGGCUUCAGCCAGAACUAGGUGCAAUGGAGAAUGGUGGGAAAGCCUCCAGAAGAAGAGAGAAUGCUUUAGAUGGAAAAUGCACAACUAGUGUUGAUGGUAACCAUGAACCCUGGGAAGCAGCUGGCAGAUCUUGAACCAGAUGGCCUCACCAGCGUCAGAUUUUUUUAAAAAAACAAAAAACAUGGCCCUGUUCCAAGGGAAAAGGCAAAGAAUGAUGGCUUCCUCACCCUUACAGAGACCCUCCUGAUUGUGACCAAAGUUGCUGGGUCCCUCCCAUGCAGCGCCAGACCUGUCCCUCUUCCCUGAUACAUUUUUUACCGUUAUAACUGCUUGUUAGCCUUUCUACUCCAUCCUGUCAGCGACCAGGAGGGUGGAGGGAGACCUUCUCCUAUUACUGCCAAGAGACUCUGCUGUUCCCCAUCCCAGGAUAAAGACUGCUUGGCAAGCUCAUCCAGCCCCAGGAACUAGCAGCAUUAAGGCAAGGGCCUCACCGAGAAAUGAUGAUGGAAAAAACUGGCUCCGAAAAGAUGACUUCGUUCUCCCCUGCACCUCCCACCUGGGCAAAAUGAGGCACAGAUGUAGCUGGCAUUGAGCUGGGAGCUGGGGGAGCAACUCCAGGCUCUGAAGGGACUGGAGCCAGGGGUGCUGGGGACUGUAAGGAGCUGCCCAGAUGUACCUCCUGGCAGACAGGAGAGACAGGCCUUGAAAGCAGCUGCCAUUUCUAGGGCUGUUCUGAAGGUCCCAGGAUUUUCACAGGGAGCUGUACCCUGGUCCUUGUUUCUGCUACAGUCUACAUGUCUCUCCUGUAAAUCCCCUACUUGCUCAGCAGUCUACAUCCUCUUCCCUCUUUUAGUAGUCCUGGGCAAGUCCAACCUACAGAGGAAGUCUCUCUGGGUUGUAAGUUCAGACUGCCUUUGGGUCGACUGACACACUUUGACCUUUCUCCCCACCACCUUCCUGGUUUUUGUCUCAACUUCUUCUCCAUCCCCUCUAGGCCCAAGAUUUCACUUCAAUGGCAGCCCCUUCCCCAUCUCUGUCUGAAGCUUUCCAUCUCCCAUUGAGGGGACUGGGGUAGGUCUCUGCGACUGGUCUGUUAUGUCGGUAAGGCAGGAAGGAGACAGUGGCCUCAAAGUACAGCUAUCCUCGCCCUGAUCAGGAGUUCAGAUAGUCCCAGAAGCUCUAGUGUCUUAACUAUCUCCCUCCCUGAAAUGCCACCUUCCAAUAUUCCCUACCCAUCUCCCUGCGUCCUGGUUUCCUGUUGUGGAUUUAUGGUCCCCAUCUGCUUCGACCCCAGUAUUUCUCAGAGACGCGGGGAGGGAGUUCGACUGGGGGUGUUCAGGGCUGGGGCCAAAUGACCCGGAGUUUUUCUGUUCUUAAUAGGACUCCAGACCAGUGUGGUAGCUAAAAUCACAUGACCAGGCACCCAGAUUUACCACCAGGGUCCUAGGUGCCCACAUGGUAGACAAGAAAAUCCUAAACCAGAUCCAGGAAUCGACUUGCAUUUUUUCUUAAUCUAAAAUCAGAGGCUCUCUCACCCGUGAAACAGUGUUUAUACCCCUUAUCAGCUCCUUUUUGGGUACCUCCUCUGGGGGCCUUUUGCCGGACUCUACCUUACCAAGAGGUAACUCCCUUUUUUU